AUGGUCCGAUACGCCUCCGCCCACAUCUCUGCCGGCAACCCUGAGAAGUUCGCCCAGGCCCGAGGCGAGUAUCUCCCCACUCACUUCAAGAACAUGCGUGAGGUCGCUGCCGCCCUCUCUGGCAUGAACUUGAAGAAGGCCUACACCUACCUCGCCGAUGUCCAGGAGCACAAGCAGGUCAUUCCUUUCCGACGAUUCGCUGGUGGUAUCGGCCGUGCCUCUCAGGCUAAGCAGUUCAAGACUACCAAGGGUCGAUGGCCCGAGAAGUCUGUCAAGUUCAUCCUCCGUCUCCUCAAGAACGCCGAGUCCAACGCCGACGCCAAAGACCUCGACGUCGAGGAGGUCCUCAUCAAGAACAUUGUCGUUCAGCAGGCCCCCAAGACCAGGAGGAGGACUUACCGUGCCCACGGUCGAAUCAACCCCUACCAGGGUCACCCUUGCCACGUCGAGAUCAUCCUCUCUACCCCCUCCUCUGAGGUCCCCCGUGCCAAGGACCUCGACACCGUCUCCUCCAAGAAGAGCAAGACUGUCCCCGCUAUCGAGGCUUAA